UCAACGGCAGGACAAGGUACUGCUACUUAAGGGAGCGAAGCUCUUUGAGAGAGAGACAGCGACAAUGGAGACGGCGAGAGACGGGAAGUGAAGACGAGGCAAAGACAGAACCCUACAAAUUAGAGGUGGAGGUUGGAAAAGGGAGGGAGGACAGAAAAAGGGAGAGCGGCGACUCGUGGACCAAAGAGGCAGAGAAACUAAACACGCAAGGAAAAGUGGGUGAGGGGGGUUGGAAGAGUGGGGGGGGGGACAAAAGGGAGAGUAGCCCUCUGCAGAAAGGACAGAAAGCAACGGACUGACAGCCGGACGGACCCACGGACACCCUGAACCCCAGCGUUUACCUGCCGCAGCGCUGCUGUUGCUUUGGCUCCAGAGGAAGAUGCGCGCGUCGACGCUGCUCGGCUGCCUGGUGCUGGUCACGGCCGACCACCUCCUCGCCGCGGCCAUCAUGAUCCCGGACGAGACUCUCUCCACCAACCGGGUCGUCGUGUCCAACGCCGUGUCCCAAAACCUUUACAAAGGCCCGCCCCCUGUCCUGAUUGUAGAAUUGCCAAAGUCAGUGAAGAAGAACAAGAUAGCUAAGAAACAAAAAAAGAACUCGUUUCGGGUGAAGAAGCGGCCUCCUCCGCCCGCUGACUGCGUUCCUCUGCUGGGAAGCUGUAAAUCCCCGAGCAACGUGUGCUGUGAUUUCUGCGCUUUCUGCCAGUGUCGCCUCUUCAGAACGGUCUGUUUCUGUCGAAUGGGGAACCCUCGCUGUUGAGCGGCGAGCGGCGGCGGCGGGACCCGGCUCGGAGCCCGCGAAGGGGGACAGUGCUGGACGGGACUCGCUUCCGGCCCGCGUCUGUAACUUUGCCGGACAUUCUAUGCAUGAAAGCACUUUAUUACCGAGGACUCUUCCACAGCGAGCAGCUUAUACUGCAAUGACACUAACACUGAGCUUCAGCACACAUCUAUUGAAUAUUUGCUCUAACUAUUUUAUAUAUUGCUUUAUUUUUACAUAGAAUACACUAUACUACAAAUACGCAAUAACACAUAUUAUACAAAGCCUUCAACAAUAAAGUUGUGUACUUUGUGUUA